CGUUUGGAGCGGUUAACACAGGACAACGUCGUACACAAUGUCGUACCUGCACUUGUCACUGCUUCUGCUUGGGGUGGCAAGCUUCACUACUCCAAGCUUCGGUAACUACUACUACGAGCCUCCCACAUAUUCCCCUCCACCCGUUGAGGAGCCACCCAUUUACAGGCACCCACCCAUUGAGAAGCCACCGCCAGUGUAUGAGCCGCCUCCCACUUACCGGCCACCAUUCGAAAAGCCGCCAAUCUACGAGCCGCCUCCUUUCGAGGAGCCACCACCCCUUCAUAAGCCACCAUUUGAGAAACCUCCCAUGUAUGAGCCUCCUCCACUGGAGAAGCCACCACCUAUUUACAGGCCUCCUCCUCAUGUUUACCACCCACCAAUUGAAAAUCCACCCACUUACGAGCCCCCUCCGCAUGAGAAUCCCCCAACUUAUGAGAGGCCACCUCCUAUUCACAGACCUCCUCAUGAGAAGCCCCCGCCUGUCCACAAGCCACCAAUUGAAAAACCACCGGUUUAUGAGCCUCCUCCACAUGAGAAGCCGCCACCAAUUCACAAACCACCUCAUGAGAAGCCACCAGUUUAUGAGCCUCCUCCACAUGAGAAUCCACCACCCAUUCACAAGCCUCCGCAUGAGAAGCCCCCACCUGUUCACAAGCCACCAGUUUAUGAGCCUCCUCCGCAUGAGAACCCACCAACUUAUGAGCCGCCUCCUUAUGAGAAGCCACCGCCCAUUCACAAGCCUCCACAUGAGAAGCCUCCACCAACUGAAAAACCACCAACUUAUGAACCUCCUCCUUAUUAUGAGAAACCACCACCCAUUCACAAACCGCCAUUUGAAAAACCACCUAUUUAUGAGCCUCCACCUACUCACAAACCGCCAAUUGAGAAGCCGCCGGUUUACGAGCCUCCACCAUUUGAAAAGCCACCACCGUUCCACAAGCCCCCAGUUUAUGAGCCCCCUCCGUAUAAGAAUCCACCAAUUUAUGAGCCACCACCCAUUCACAAACCACCAUUUGAAAAACCACCAUUCUAUCAACAUCCCCCCAUUGAAAAACCUCCGACUUACCCACAGCCACCCUAUGGCCAUUACCCCAAGCACCCUCCGUCAAAGAGUGCUCCUUGAUGCCAUCAUCAUUUUGUUUGCUAUAAAUAAGAUCUUUCAAAUGUGAUGUUUUGUUUUAAUUUCAUGUCGGGUGAGGUUUUAUGUUUGUACUUGUUGUACUAUCAUGUUGCUCUCUAGAACUGUAAAAUAUGAACGACUGUGCGCUUCAAAUUGAAUAAAGAUGUUAAGUUUCUUGUUUAAA